AUGGCGGGAAUUUUGAAAUAUGCAAGUACAAGGGAUUUUGGAAAAUUGGACUUCCAUACCGUCGAUCGUUCGAUGUCAACGAGCAAUGUUGACAUUCUAGAUAGCACGAUGUCUUCAAAAACGACAUCUACUACAACAACAACAAAUAUUAAGGAUGAUAGUAACAACAACAACAAUAACAACAACAACAAUAACAACAACAAUCAGACUACUACUACAACUACCAACAACCCAUCAACAUCAACAACAACAUUAAAUGAAGAUGAUGAUAGUAGUGAAAGUGGAUCAACAUUGGAUAUACCCAAACCAUCGAUCGAUGACAUGUUGAACAAGAUUGAUGAAUCUGCAUUGGCACAUUUAGACAAACCAGCAUCGAGAAAGAAAUAUGCACACGAAGAUUCAUCGACGCCAUCAUGGUUUAAGCAUUCAAAGCACUUUCUCAUAUUCUCAUUCUCUGGCAAACCGAUAUACUCGAGAUAUGGUGACGAGGUAGCUCUCAAUACAUUCAUGGCUACACUCAGUGCAAUGUCAUCGUUUAUCGAAUCACAAAAGGAUGAACUCAGACACAUCAAAACCGGUGACUAUGUCUUUGUCUAUCUUCAUCGUGAUCCUCUCUGUCUUGUAUCUAUAGCAAAUACCGGUGAAACUCCUGCCAUCAUCUCUAGACAAUUGGAAUAUAUACAUUCACUCAUCGUAUCAAUGUUGACUCAAUCAAAUAUUAAAGCUGUUUUCGAUGCUAAAUAUGAUUUAAGAGAUUUAUUAGGUGGUACGGACAAAUUUUUAGAUAACCUUAUAAAGACUAUAGAUAAAGAUAUAUCUAUUCUAUUAAACUCUGUAAAUUGCCUUCGAUUAAAUUAUACACCAAGAAAUGAUAUCACUAAUAUCAUUCAAAGUAACAAACAUGAAUCUGUAUUAUUUGCACUACUUGUAUCAGGAAACAAAUUAAUUAGUUUUGUUAAACAAAAAAAAUAUUCCCUUAAACCUCAAGAUAUUCAUAUUGUAAUGAAUUUUGUUUCAUCAACAUCAUCAUUUAGAGAAAGUGAAGCAUGGAUACCAAUUUGUUUACCCAAUUUUAAUAAUACUGGAUUCCUUCAUCUUUACAUUUGUUAUAUUCUACCCGAUGUUUGUCUAUUACUAUUCUCUGCGCUACCAGAAUCUUUCUAUCAUCUUAGUAACUGUAAAAAUUUAAUAGUUAAAGAAAUGGAAAGUAAAGGAUUAAUGGAAGAAUUAACAAAAGCAGUACAAAAUCAUGGAUAUACAUCAGCAAUGACAGGUGUACCACACUUGUUACACUUUAUGUAUAGAUCGAGAACAUCAUACUUUAGCACAUCGCCCAAGUUUACAGCACCCUAUUCAGAUAAAAAGGAGAGAAAGAGAUUGUUCCGUCUCUACCAACAUAUAGUGGAUCGUGUCAACAACUCUUGCUCCAAACCACACAAAUACUUUUAUCAUACCAGUCGUUAUGAGACUGUCAUUGUAGCAGUCUCUAGUACCCAUGAAAUCUAUGCAACCUUUUCACCUCUUGAAACCAAACAAACUGUAUUUGAAUCAUUCUCAUUUUUAUUGCAAUGGAUUAAAGAUAAUGAAUCAAGCUUAUUCCUUCAAUAA